AAGAAAAAAGUCUACAGCUACAGGGGCCAUAACUUGGGGGAUGAUAUUGAUGCCAGAAGCCAUUGGCUACUUGUUGCACCAGUGCUCCAAAAUCACGGCAUUGAGACAUGGUCUUUCCCUUCAUGCCGCUGCUUUGAAGUCUGGCAUGCUAUCUGAUGUUGUUGUCUCCAACCAUGUUCUAAACAUGUACGCUAAGUGUCGCCAGAUCUCAUAUGCUCGACAAUUGUUUGAUGAGAUGCCUGAAAGAAACCUUGUCUCUUGGUCAGCUAUGAUCUCUGGUUAUGACCAAGUUGGAGAGCCUUUGUUGGCACUCAGUCUAUUUUCUCAAAUGCAGCUUGUGCCCAAUGAAUUCGUAUUUGGCAGCGUUAUCAGCGCCUGCGCCAGUCUUUCCGCGUUGGUUCAAGGCCAACAAAUUCAUGCUCAAUCGCUGAAGUUUGGCUGUGCAUCCAUUUCUUUUGUUUACAAUGCACUUAUCUCAAUGUACAUGAAAUGUGGUCGGUGUCGUGAUGCCUUAAGGGUCCAUGCCGGUGCAUCUGAACCAAAUGCUGUCUCUUAUAAUGCUUUGAUUGCUGGAUUUGUGGAUAACCAACAGCCUGAAAAAGGAGUUGAAGUUUUCAAACUCAUGAACCAAAAAGGUCUUGUGCCAGAUAGAUUUACCUUUGCUGGGCUGUUGGGAAUCUGCAACAGUUCAGAUGAUUUUUGGAGAGGAUCGCAAUUGCAUUGCCAAAUGAUUAAGCUUGCACUUCACUCCUCAGCUUUUAUUGGCAAUGUGAUUAUAACCAUGUAUUCAAUUUUCAAUUUGAUAGGAGAAGCAGAGAAGUCCUUUAGACUAAUUAAAGAGAAAGAUCUGAUUUCAUGGAACACCUUAAUAACUGCUUGUUCUCAUUGUAAAGAUCAUGAAAGGGCUUUAAGGGUUUUCAAAGAGAUGUCCAGUGAAUGUUGUGUGAGGUCUGAUGACUUUACUUUUGCCAGUGUCCUUGCUGCCUGUGCUGGGCUUGCGUCAAUACGCCAUGGGCAGCAGAUUCAUGCUCAUUUAAUCAGGACAAGACAGUAUCAAGAUGUUGGAGUUGGUAAUGCCCUUGUCAACAUGUAUGCCAAAUGUGGUUCCAUUAGAAAUGCUUAUGAGAUAUUCAGUAGGAUGCUCCAUCACAAUCUUAUCUCAUGGAACACCAUAAUUGCUGGAUUUGGAAAUCAUGGGCUUGGAGCAAUGGCCCUUGAACAUUUUGAGAUGAUGAAGGCUGAGGGCAUAAAGCCAGAUCCUGUUACCUUUGUUGGACUUUUGGCAGCUUGCAAUCAUGCAGGGCUGGUGGAAGAGGGCCAGAUUUACUUUAAUUCUAUGGAAGAGACCUAUGGAAUUUCCCCUGAUAUGGAGCAUUUUUGUUGUCUUAUUGAUUUGUUAGGACGGGCUGGGAAACUACAAGAGGCACAAGAGUACAUAAAAAAACUUCCUUUUGGGCAUGAUCCGAUUGUUUUAGGGAGUUUGCUGUCUGCGUGUCGGCUGCAUGGAGAUGUUGUCAUUGGGGAGCACUUAGCUACCCAACUUCUGAGACUUCAGCCUGUUAGUUCUUCGCCCUACGUUUUAUUGUCAAACUUGUAUGCUUCAGAUGAUAAGUGGGGUGGUGUUGCGGAGGCAUGGAAGAUGUUGAAAGAUAGUGGAUUGAAGAAGGAGCCUGGCUAUAGUUUGAUUGAUGUAAUGGGAAUUUUUGAGAAGUUCACAAUCGGAGAUUUUUCACAUUCAAGGAUUGAAGAGAUAAAAUACAUACUCAAAACUCUAAAUUGGGCAGUGGAUGAAGUUUCUCUGAAUCAUCGAACCAAAUCCUUUGAAUAGAUCAGCUUGGACUUUAUUGCGUGCACAUGGGGUGUCCAUGAAUGAACAUGAUUCUUCUCCUAGUUGCAGAUACAAAGAGGGGGCUCUCAUAUUGUUUAUCCAUCCAUUUUCCUCUGUCCCCAAAAGAUCUGGGAAAGAGGAAUCAGAUGGUUGAUGUGCUAGCAAUGAUGGUUCUUUGGUUCUAAAACCAGUGGAGUUGAGCAAAUGAUGCCCGCUGAAUAUAUGAGCAUCAAUGGGCCGGAUGAUUGGUUAAGUUGUCCAUUUCUUUAAGUUACUGAGUUUUGCUUUCACUUUAUGCAGCUCAAAAUAAACACGGACUAGAUUAGCGGAAAUUCAUCUGAAGUUUCUACUUAUAGUUCUUUAUCUCGUCGCAAUGUUAUCAUAUUCCGAAAUCAUGAAAUUUGUUCUUUAUAUUUGCAUGAUAGUCCCAUUUGCCAGUUUUACUUGCCCUGUUCACUUUUAUCUGAUUCUUCUGCAGGGAUGGACUCCAUAUAUGAUAAGAGGAAAGCAAAAUAGUGGUGAAGGAGAGAGAUUAAGGGAGUUUUUUUCAGAGGUAGAUUGUGAACCAAAUUUACACUGGAAGUCUCUGCCAGCAGAUUUUGCUGGAGUUUCACCCCCUAAUUCCAGAACCAAAAUAGGUGAAUUGAACCUGAUUAACCUUCACUGUGGUGGAAUGUUGUCAAUGACCACAGCACUUCUUUUUUUAUUUUUCUUUUUUAAAAUUUGAUUUAUGAUGCUUUUAAGGUGUCGCAUGUAAGAAAUUUUAAUAUUUUUAUUUUUAAUUUUAGGAAGUGGCUUUAUGGGCAUUUUUGUCUUGACAUGUAAUAGAUUUAACUGAUGAAAACUGAUUUAUAUAUACAGUGUCUUCUAAGUUCAA